UUGGAAGCCAGCAGCAUCACCAUCACGUAGCCGCAAAGGUGGAGGUCUUGAAUGAAGCCAAUAAGUGUUCCGCAGUUGUCAUCGAUGAACUGCCAGAUUGAAUCCGGCGAAGAACAACUGAAAUGGCUGCUCUCUCUGCACUUUCUACAAGUUUUUGCAGAAAGUCCUCUGGGAUCCUCUCAAUCGUCUUUUCUUUACCGUUUCAAUGAUCAAUCAUUUGAUAUCCCUCUCUAAUUCGCUGAUUCUCCGGUUGUUCCUUGUUGGAAAAUAUAUGUCCGUGCAAUAAUCAUGUUAUUCAAGCUCCAUGGUCGAUAUCAUGAUUCAAGGAAGCUACCAGUUUGAGAGCUGAUUCAGUGAUUUUAUCCAUCAUUUCCUGUGACAAUGCAUUCAAGGUGUUCGGUGAAAUGCUUGAGUGAAAAAACACAGAGAAAGAAAUAUAAGAUAAAUUUGGGGCUGCCAUGGCCAUCCUAAAGUCUGACAUUAGCAGCAACAUAUUUAGGCUGGAAUCGAAGUAUUAUGCGGAUCUGACAAGAUUCAAGUUGUUGUAUAGCUUGGUGCAAGCCGAGGUGGAAGCUAACACCGCUAAAGACUCGUCUAGCUGCACCAAUGGACUGCUCUGGCUAACAAGAACAAUGGAUUUCUUAGUGCAGUUGUUCCGCAACCUGUGCGAGUGCCAGGACUGGUCGAUGCUGCAGUGCUGCAACAACUCCUACGCCAUCACCUUGAAGAAAUGGCGCGGCUGGCUCGCUAGCUCAAGCUUCUCGGUCGUCAUGAAGCUUGUGCUGGACGGAAAGAAGUUUCUGAAGGUAUUAGGCCUAGAAAAGAAUGACUUUAAGGAUAUGAACAAGCUCUGCUCAGAAUUCUCCCCCGUGUAACUUGGUGAGUAAUUCUUUCUAGAGUUGUCAUUGAAUCUAGUGUAACACCCUAGCUGGCUCAAACCGGAGUGUCACCGCCACGCCACAUCGAAAGGCUCGUUUAUCAACCAACUAGUACUAUGUUGUGGCGCUAAGGCUAAAAUAAAACACAUUAGUCUUUAAACAUAAUUAAUGAGUUUCAAAACCAUUUUAAAAUGUAAAGUAUUUAUAGUUCCCCCGAUGGAUAAUAUGACGUGGAUGCAUCAUUUAGGUAUAACAAAAGCAUCAUUACCUACAAAAAGGUUGUAAGAAGAGAGUCAACACAACGGUUGAGUAAGCGCAAUUAAUCAAAGAUAAAUUAAUACGGUAUAAUGCCACAAAAUCAUUUGAAGAAGAUAAUUUGAAUAAGAUGACACAUAUCACAUAAAGAUAACUCACAUACACGAGUCUUUUAGCGCUUCUCUUAUAUCUCCUUUUCAUUCACAUCACGAAGAAAACUCUACUAGGCCUUAUUAGGGUCGGAUUUACCCGAUUUUCUAACCUAAUUACAUCGUAUGACAUGUCACAUAGUUACACAUAACAAGCAUAGAGUCACAACCCUCAAGGAAAGCUCCACAAUGUGUAUCUCAGGGUUCGAAGCCCAAAGUACAUGUAAGUCAAUUUAUUUACUAGUUUGCGAGGGGUGCCAAACGGCCCACAAGCCUCUAGCCUCCAAUAUAACAUACCAAGAGGGGAUUGUAUGCAAUCCAUCCCUCCAUCACGGAUGACGGUCUAAAGACCUUUUCAUCGUGAAUGACGGGCACCUCGGAAUCACCCAAAAAGGGAACCCGCCAUCUCGAUCCCUCGACCUAGCCCAUUCGGGGGUUAGCUAGUUAUCCUAAAAUACCGGUAUACCCUCACGUGUUUGCAAGGCGCAGAGGUAGAAGGCUAUGUCUUAUCAUCCUAACGAUCGACGAGUUGAUCGGACUCGACGGGUAGUUUCAACUACCAAUUUGACCCAAUACUCAACAUGCUAUUAGGAAAAUUUAAAAGAGAGCUUUAAUCUCAAAACAUUCCAAUUGCCAACAUUUAACCAACCAAAAAGUAGAAUUUUAAAACCCGACAAAUUCGUUAUAAUUUCACUCUAUUUUGUCGAAUAAACAUUCGAAAAAUAUGUAUAUCCCAAUAGGCAUAAAUUUUUUCCAAAAAAAAAAAACCAUAACUAAGUUAGGGCGAAACUAAGUUGUCAAACCAUUUCAAAAAAUUCUACGAUUGUCAACUUAGAAUACUAUAAUAAUCUAUUUUGCACUUUUUAACUCUAUUUUCCCUCCAAUAUAUUGGAACCAUACAGUAGCAUGAUUACACUUUAUUUAGUUAAUUGAACCACAUUUUAUCAAAGUAUGCUCAAUCAUAUUAAACAACAGAUCUCAUAAAGAAAUGUCUAUCAAGAUGAUGGACCAUAUUGUUGAUGAACAUAAUAUUGAUAUAUGUGUAUUCAAUUUGCACUUCUUAAUUCUAUUUUCCCUAUUGUAAGUUUUCUGUCAAUUCUAAGAAUGUCUUGUAUACAAUUUGCUAAGGAAUAUGGUGAUAAAAAUGAUAUUUAUUGAUAGAUGUGUAGAUUGAAAUUACUUUUGAGUUGUAUAAUUUUACU